AUGUCGUUCAUCCGCAAGCGCAACGGCCACGGCGCACCCACUGACGACGUCGAGGCCAAUGCUGCCAGCGCGAGCAACAGCGGUGGCAGUAAUGACCAGGGACACGAGCAUGUCCAGCAAGGCGAAGCCCCGGCGGGUGGACUGGCUCCCCCAGGAGAGGAACAUAUCAAGUUCCCGGGUCACCUGCCGACUCCGCGGCCGAGCCAGAGCCGAGCCAGCGGGGACCUGCCCGAGUAUGAGGCCCUGGACCGGUACAUUACCAACUUUGACGCCGAGCGCCGGGCCUCAAUGGUCAGCACCGCCGGCAAGAGCAGGAAGAAGAAGAAGUGGUGGCAGUUCUGGAAGUCGGACCCAGCCGAGGCCACUGGCCCGCACCCCGUCCAGGAUGAGGGCAAGGCUCCCGACAGCUGGCUCAACGCCCAUAUCAAAGAGGGUAUCCCCAGCAGCGUCGUCGAAGAGCGCCGUAAACGUUUUGGCUGGAAUGAGCUCACUGCCGAAAAAGAAGACAUGCUUCAAAAGAUUUUCGGAUAUUUCCAAGGACCAAUUCUAUAUGUCAUGGAAAUUGCUGCUCUAUUAGCCGUCGGUCUCAAUGACUGGAUCGAUUUCGGAGUCAUCUGCGGUAUCUUGGCUCUAAAUGCCUUUGUGGGUUUCUACCAAGAAAAGCAAGCCGCCGACGUCGUCGCGAGCUUGAAAGGCGAUAUUGCCAUGAAAGCGACUGUCGUGAGAGAUGGCCACGAGCAACAGAUAUUGGCAAGAGAACUCGUGCCUGGCGAUAUUGUGGUUUUGCAAGAAGGUCAAACUAUUCCAGGAGACGCGCAACUUAUCUGCAGCUAUAACCGGCCACAAGACUAUGAUGAGUUCAUUGCUCUCAGGAAUGAGGACAAGUUUGAGAAUGAUCCUACUGCCGAGGUUGACGAAAAAGAGGAAAAGACCAAGGCAGCGGCUGGCACUGAGGAGAAAGGUGGUGAAGGCGAGGGCGAACAAACAAAGGCUGCCGACGACGACGUCGAUGAUGAAUCGGUUCACUACGGCCAGCCUCUAAUUGCCUGCGACCAGUCCGCCAUCACGGGUGAGUCUCUCGCCGUGGACAAGUAUAUGGGCGACGUCGUGUACUACACCACGGGCUGUAAGCGCGACAAGGCAUACGCCAUCAUCACGACCUCUGCAAGGUAUUCCUUCGUCGGCAAAACUGCAAAUCUUGUUCAGGGCACCAAGGAUCGUGGACACUUCAAGGCCGUCAUGGACAGCAUCGGAACAACACUGCUCGUCCUGGUCAUGUUUUGGAUUCUCGUGGCUUGGAUUGGCGGGUUCUUCCACCACAUUCCCAUUGCUUACCCUGGGGUACAAACCUUGCUUCACUACGCCUUGAUCUUGCUCAUUAUUGGAGUGCCGGUCGGUCUGCCUGUUGUCACGACUACUACAUUGGCUGUUGGCGCUGCCUACUUGGCUAAGCAAAAGGCCAUUGUCCAAAAAUUGACUGCUAUUGAAUCACUUGCGGGUGUAAACGUCUUAUGUUCAGACAAGACUGGCACUUUGACUGCAAACAAGUUGAGUCUGCGUGAUCCAUACCUCGUCGAAGGUCAAGAUGUCAACUGGAUGAUGGCAGUGGCUGCGCUUGCCAGUUCUCACAACAUUGCAUCACUGGAUCCUAUUGAUAAAGUCACAAUCUUGACCCUCAAGAAGUUCCCAAAGGCUCGCGAGAUAUUGCGCCAAGGCUGGAAGACGGACAAAUUUACGCCAUUCGAUCCCGUGUCAAAGCGCAUCACUUCAGAAUGUCGGCUCGGAAACGAUCGCUACAUAUGCGCAAAGGGUGCUCCCAAGGCCGUUCUCAACCUCACCACCGUAAGCGACGAGGUCCGCCAAGAGUACAAUGCCCGUACCCGAGACUUUGCACGCCGCGGCUUCCGGUCUCUGGGCGUGGCCUACAAGAAGAACAAUGAGGACUGGGUGCUCCUGGGCCUCCUGUCCAUGUUUGACCCGCCCCGCGAGGAUACGGCGCAGACCAUUGUCGAGGCCCAGGCGCUGGGCGUCCCGGUCAAGAUGCUCACGGGCGAUGCCAUUGCCAUUGCCAAGGAGACGUGCAAGAUGCUGGGUCUGGGAACAAAGGUCUACAACUCCACCAAGCUGAUGCACAGCGGCCUUACCGGCACAGUGCAGCAUGAUCUGGUGGAGCGGGCUGAUGGGUUCGCCGAGGUGUUUCCCGAGCACAAGUAUGCAGUCGUGGAGAUGCUCCAGCAGCGUGGUUCGCUGACGGCCAUGACUGGUGAUGGUGUCAACGAUGCUCCGUCGCUCAAGAAAGCAGAUUGCGGUAUCGCAGUCGAAGGUGCUUCCGAAGCCGCCCAGGCUGCCGCUGAUAUUGUCUUCUUGGCUCCUGGUCUCAGUACUAUUAUCUUGUCCAUCAAGACUUCUCGCCAAAUCUUCCAGCGCAUGAAAGCGUAUGUCCAGUAUCGAAUCGCCCUUUGUCUACACUUGGAAAUUUACUUGACUACAUCAAUGGUGAUUAUCAACGAGACCAUUCGUCCCGACCUGAUCGUCUUCAUCGCCCUGUUCGCCGACCUGGCUACCGUGGCUGUUGCUUACGAUAAUGCGCACGUUGAAGAGCGCCCAGUGGAAUGGCAGCUCAAGAAGAUUUGGGUUGUUAGUAUCAUACUGGGACUCUUACUCGCAGCUGGAACCUGGAUUGCUCGUGGCACCAUGUUCUUGCGCAGUGGUGGCAUUAUCCAACGGUUCGGCUCGAUCCAGGAGGUGCUUUUCCUACAAGUGGCACUGACUGAAAACUGGCUCAUUUUCGUAACACGCGGCGGCAAGACAUGGCCAUCCUGGCAGCUCGUCUUUGCCAUUUUUGGCGUCGAUGUCAUCGCCACCAUCUUUUGUCUGUUUGGUUGGCUCUCGGGCAGCGGUGGUGGCGUCAUGGAAACGACGCCGCCCACGGCCUUUAACAAUUCGUCCAACGGCUGGACCGACAUUGUCACCGUGGUUGUUAUUUGGCUCUACUCUUUGGGUGUCAUUGUCUUUAUCGCAAUCAUCUAUUAUGUUUUGCAGCGCGUCGACUGGAUCAAUGACCUCGGCCGCAAAGACCGCCACAAGCAGGAUACCCACCUCGAGAACAUCCUGGUCCACCUCAAUAAGCUGGCCAUUGAGCACGAGAUUGACUCCAAGCUGGGCGUUGAUCGGUACACUUUGGUGGAGAAGGCGGCGGCUGAGGAGGAAGAGUAA